AUGGCUACCGCCAAAAAUCUCCCAGCAAUUUUCAAUGCCACAUCCCAGGAUAUCGAGAUGCUCCUGGCGGCUCAAAGCCAUCUUGGAUCAAAGAAUCUUCAGGUCCACAUGGAACCCUACUUGUGGAAAACAAGACCUGAUGGUAUCAACAUCAUAAACAUCGGAAAGACCUGGGAAAAGAUCGUUCUUGCUGCUAGGGUUAUUGCUGCUAUUGAUAAUCCGGCUGACGUUUGUGCCAUCUCUGCUCGUCCAUAUGGCCAAAGAGCCGUUCUCAAGUUCGCUGCACACACUGGAGCUACUGCGAUUGCAGGAAGGUUCACUCCUGGAAACUUCACCAACUAUAUUACUCGAUCAUUCAAGGAGCCCCGCCUCAUCAUUGUCACCGAUCCAAGAACUGACGCCCAAGCCAUCAAGGAAGCUUCAUAUGUUAAUAUUCCUGUUAUUGCGCUCUGCGAUACCGAUUCGCCCACCGAGUUUGUCGAUGUCGCCAUCCCAACCAACAACAAGGGCAGACACGCGAUUGGGUUGAUCUGGUGGCUGUUGGCGAGAGAGGUCUUGCGACUACGUGGGACUCUGGCUAGCAGAGAUGUUGACUGGGAUGUCAUGGUUGAUCUGUAUUUUUACCGUGACCCAGAAGCCGAGGACCAAAAAGACCAGGGCGCCGAAGAAUCGAAAGCCGCUGGUGCCGAGGAAGCCCCUGCCGCCACUGAAUUCGCCGCUGCGGGUGGUGAUUGGGACGCUACUGGCCCUGUUGGAUCCUUCCCCACCACCACCCAAGGGGUCACCGCUGGAACAAGCUGGGAUGCGGAGGCAGACUGGCAGAAUACCCAACCAACUGCUGACUGGGCUGACAGCGGGAACGCACAACCAGCCGGAGGCGAAACCCAGAGCGGAUGGUAA